GAAACUCCUCCGCGGUGUCUGCAGCGUCUCUUCCGGUGCUGGCGGAACGUGGACCGUCCUUUCGUGCCGUCCGCGGACUCAACGUGUCGCGACAAGAUGGCACUUUAUAAUUUCAAGAAGAUUAUGGUGGUUCCCACCGCUAAGGAUUUCAUCGACAUCACUUUAUCCAAAACGCAAAGGAAGACGCCCACAGUGGUACACAAGCAUUACCAGAUCCACCGCAUCCGACAUUUUUACAUGCGAAAGGUGAAGUUCACUCAGCAGAACUACCACGACCGCCUCACGCAGAUCCUCACAGACUUCCCGAAGCUCGACGACAUCCACCCGUUCUACGCCGAUCUGAUGAACGUGUUGUACGACAAAGACCAUUAUAAACUGGCUUUGGGGCAGAUCAACAUCGCCAAGAAUUUGAUUGAUAAUGUUGCCAAAGAUUAUGUGCGGCUGAUGAAGUACGGAGAUUCGCUGUAUCGGUGCAAGCAGCUGAAGAGAGCCGCUCUGGGUCGUAUGUGCACCAUCCUGAAACGACAGAAGUCGAGUCUGGAGUAUCUGGAACAAGUGCGUCAGCAUCUGUCCCGUUUGCCGUCCAUUGAUCCAAACACGAGGACCCUGCUUCUGUGCGGUUACCCCAACGUCGGCAAGUCCAGUUUCAUCAACAAGGUGACCAGAGCAGACGUCGACGUUCAGCCGUACGCUUUCACCACCAAGUCUCUGUUUGUGGGUCACAUGGACUACAGAUAUCUCCGCUGGCAGGUGGUGGACACCCCCGGUAUCCUGGACCACCCCCUGGAGGACAGGAACACCAUCGAGAUGCAGGCCAUCACGGCUCUGGCUCACCUGCGAGCGGCGGUUCUUUACGUCAUGGACGUAUCAGAGCAGUGCGGUCACACCCUGCAGGAACAGCUGGAGCUCUUCAACAACAUCAGACCACUGUUCGCCAACAAGCCUCUCAUCAUCGUGGCCAACAAAUGUGACGUGAAGAAGAUCAGCGAGCUGUCUGAGGAGAACCAGAAAAUCUUUGCAGAUCUCUCUGCCGAGGCAAUCUCCGUGAUUGAGACCAGCACUCUGACCGAGGAGGGAGUCAUGCAAGUUAAAAAUGAGGCCUGCGACCGGCUCCUCGCCGACCGCGUCGAGACAAAGAUGAAGGGCAAGAAAGUCCACGAUGUUCUCAACCGUCUCCACCUGGCCAUGCCCACCAAGAGAGAUGAGAAGGCGAGGCCUCCGUUCAUCCCUGAAGGAGCUCUGGCGCGCAAGAAGGCGAUGGAGGUGGACCAGCCCAAACGCAAACUGGAGAGAGAUCUGGAGAUGGAGCUUGGCGAUGACUACAUUCUGGACCUGCAGAAAUACUGGGAUCUGAUGAACGAGGAUGAGAAGCACGACAGGGUUCCCGAGGUGUGGGAGGGACACAACAUUGCAGAUUACAUCGAUCCUGACAUCAUGAAGAAACUGGAGGAGCUGGAGAAGGAGGAGGAGCUGAAGGAGCGAGCCGGGGAGUACGACUCGGAUGAAGAGAGCGAGGACGAGGAGAUGCAGGAGAUCCGAGUUCUGGCCAAACAGAUCCGCGAGAAGAAGCAGCUCAUGGUCGUGGGGUCAAAAGAGAAGGACAUACACGGGCCUCGCAUGCCCAGAACCACCACCAAGGUUGAAAGAAAGAAGCUGGAGAAGGAGAUGGGCGAGCUCGGUCUGGACAUGAAAGACAAGGACGAUAGUCACUACGCACAGCAGGCCCGACGAUCCCGAAGCGUUGCUAAGAAACGCAAGCGUGAAACUUCGGCUCCUCCGACCUCCAGAACUCGAAGCCAGAGCGCCUCCCGUCCGCCACGAGAUCAGUCCGGUAUACGGGAUCCAAAGAUGGCAAAGAAGGCGAAGAAGAUGAUGAAGAACUCCCAGAAAGACAUGAACCGCCAAGGCAAGAAGGGAGAGGCGGACAGACACGUGUUUGACCUCAAACCCAAACAUCUUCUGGCCGGGAAGAGGAAGUCCGGCACCAACGAUCGCAGAUAAAACUGCUUUUUCUGAACUGUUGAGAUCCGAACACUCUGUUGGGAAAGAUCAUGUCUUCAUUCUAUACAUUUCCUCAGCAGUACAAAGACGAACAUUGAAUAUCUUUAUUGAGGAAACUCUGGUCAUUUAAUGUUUCUGUGACGUGGGAGCAUCAUCCCCGAGGAUGGUGGUGCCAUAGAAAACUGUAGACCUGCUGGGGAAAUGCUCCAACACAUUUAGAUUAUUAGUAAUUAUUAUAAUAAGUGUCUUUUAUUCGUCAGCUCUCCAGUUAUAGCUCACAAAAGUAAAACAGGACUGUGACUCACAAACCGUGAGUCAUGUGGCGGUUAACGUCUUAUUUUGCUUCUGCAGUUGCCACGAUCAAACUGGUAAAAUAUUUUUCAGUUGUUAAACUGAUUCGUACACGAGUUUUUCUUCUCUCUUGGUAACAGCAGUCGAGUGAGCUUUCGUGCCUUACAUCCUGUGUGCGGCUCAGAAAAUGCUGAGUUUACUUUGGAUAAAGUGAUGAUGACUUCCUUUUACAAGACUCCCUUUGAGAAAUUCAUUAACAUGGGAGCUAAAUAAAUAUACACCUGAACACAA